CUAGUGAUAUUCCAAGUCUAAUGGGAAUAGUCAGUUUGUCUAGGACUUUCUAUUCCCAAGUCGCAUUUUCUGAAUUUGGUUUACGUUCUCUGAUUGAUUGAGUAUCGUUUUUUAAACCAAAAAGCGUUUAAUUCUGAGUGCUGACUUUGAAAAACAUACAUGGAAGACUUGGAAUAGCGCACCGACAGUCGACAGGGGACACGUUAUUCCCAGACAACUGGGGAUAGCCACUGUGUUCUACAUCAUGUGGCUUGUCUGUCAUGUGACCAACAAGAUGGCAGACGAAUGACUGCGACGACAGACUGGUCUCGCUUAUAUUUGAGGACACGUUUAAUUUGCUUUUGGGGGAGAGAAAAGAGGAAGGAAGCUUUGGCCCAAUCGAUUAGAUUUUGAGUUUAUCCUGGCAAUACUCAUUUAUAUAAGAGCGUACAUGUUAGUCUCAAAUGCUUAAAAAAUGAGUGUUUUCAAGAAACUUAAAGGGACCUUUCAAAAUGCUCAACAAGAUUUUGUUGACGGUCUGCGAGCUCUCACAUCCCUAGAUGGCCAACCCCGGCAUGAACAGCUCAAAGACAUCCGAGCCAGGCAGAUCAACCUUGAUGCAGGAGCAGACUUACUUCACAGAUGCUCUCCGCAAAGACUUUGCUGUAGCUGAGAAAGCGAUGGACAUGCUGGAAAAUCUCUGCGAAGAAAUGGAACAGAAGGAUCAGUGUGCGAAGGAAAUGCAGAAACUGUCUAAAUAUAGAAACAAGAAAACAAUGGAAGCUCAGAAGGUCAAAGUGGAGCUUGCACAGACGCACGCUAAGAAGAUGGUGGAGCUGGAGUCCGCAAAACGAGAGAGUCUGCAGGAGAGGGCGGAGGCGUUUACCUCAGCAUUUGAGCAGGAUGUGGAUUAUUACAAGGUUCAUGGACACCCCGAUCGAGUGCCCACAGAGUUCCCCAAAGUGACCAGUCUGAGCGACAUCGAGAUAGAGUCGGACAGACAGGAGCUGGACUGUUUCCUCGGCUCUGAUACAGAGCCCUCAGACGCCCUGGAGCUGCCCGAGGAAGGGACGUACAUUGAGGACGACUAUACUGCAGACUUCUCCGUGAAAGAGGACGACGACCGGAUCGACGAGAGAGACAUUCUAGGCGUCCACGAACAGAUGACCAUCACAAAUAUAGAUUACGACGAUGAUGAUGAGGAUGAUGAUGAUGUUGAUGAUGAUCUUCGUCCUGAAGAAGUAUCGUCAAGUCAAGGUCGGGCAGAUGAUGGAGAAGGUCAUGCCGAGGGAAGGGUUGAAGGUGAUACUCAGUCGUCGGAGAAUACGCCGCACGGGAAGGAGGGGGAUGCUGGUGGUGUUGAUGGUAAUGUUGAUGAUGCUGUUGGUGGUGGUAAUGUUGAUGGUAGUGGUGGUGCUCCCCGUGAAAGUGAUGUUGCAUCCAACUCCGACGACCAGACAGUGGUCAAAGACUCAGGGAUCAGUGGAGAAGCCUCUUGAUAUUUGAAACAAGACUAAAAAUGUUUUGUUUUUUUUGUAUUUGUGUGCACUCAGACUCAAGGGUGUGGUUGCCAUAUUAUUAUUUUCACACAAUUUACCGAUGUGCCUUGUUUACCGAUGUGUGGGGGAACUGUCGGUACAGAAAUGUCUCUUGCUUUUCGUAAACUUUGCUUUUGCCCGGAUUGCACCUUACGUUUCAUUACGCCAAAGAUAGUACAAGACAAGAUGGGCCACUUCUCUCUUUGAGCCAAUUAAAAAAGUGUCCUCAAAAU